UCCCACUGGAUCCAGCGGACGGGUUUGCGCUGUUGUGGCACAUAGACGCGCGCGCGCGCAGCCACACCAGCGGUAUCUUUCGCUGUCUGUGCUCGUGAACGGCUCGUUCCCCUCUUAUCGGGCACCCAGACAACCCCACGGACCCGGCGGAUCACAAUGCGUGGCUGAAGUGCAAAAUCCAGGAUUAUUGCGGUGUAAACUCCCUCUUUUCCACCCGUGACCGCGCAAACCGAGGAUCGGGUCCGAUCAUGUCGGGGAAGAUAGAGAGCAAGCACGAAUCUCAGAAGUCUCACCUCUCCUCGUUCACCAUGAAACUGAUGAAGUUUCAUUCACCGAAGAUAAAACGAACUCCAUCGAAGAAAGGAAAACAACUUCAGGUCGAGCCCACCGUGAAGACACCAGAGAAGCCCGUCAACAAGAAGGUGAGCCGAUUGGAGGAGCAGGAGAAGGACGUCGUGAGCGCGCUGAAAUAUUUCAAGACGAUUGUGGACAAGAUGACCAUCGAUACCAAAGUUCUGAUGAUGCUUCCAGGCUCAGCCAGUAAAGUCCUGGAGGCCGUCCUGCCGCUGGUGCAGGGAGAGACGCGGGUUCAUCACAGCUCAGCGUUGUCGUCCUGUCAUAACCGUGUGUAUCAGAGUUUGGCUAAUCUCAUUCGCUGGUCGGAUCAGGUGAUGCUGGACGGAUUCGACCAUGAAGACAAGGACACGGUGACGACGGUUACAACGGUGAUCAAAGCGGUGCUGGAUGGCGUGAAGGAGCUGGUGAAACUCACUAUAGAGAAACAAGAGCAACCGUCCCCAACAUCCCCGAGCAAACCUGUGCCCCUUGUGGCCAAAAUAGAGAGUGUGUGUGAAAAUCCUUUAACUGAACGAGAGAAGGCGAUCCUGAGUAAGACCACGCCUACAGUCACACCCACCGACAGCUUGACUGACAUGUCAGAGGAGGAGGUGGCUCCGCCCAAACCACCUCUACCCGGGUUGAAACUAGCAGAGCACAGGACCAGGAUGCAGUUGUCAUCUGAUGCUGUAGCCGGGCAGCGGAUGGCCACGGCGAUGGAAAUCCCGCCCGCUUUGCCACCGAAGAAGCGACAGUCUGUUCCCUCCCCCACUCGUGUUGCCGUGGUAGCGCCGAUGAGUCGAGUCUCAUCUGCUCUCAGCCCGUCUCCAGGAGCUCUCCGACAGCAUCAGGAGUUUGACGUGGAUCUCCUCCAGAGGCGUUUCUCGGGUGGCAGUCAGUCGUACGGAGGAGAUUCUCCCCGUCUCUCUCCCUGUAACAGUAUGGGAAAACUCAGCAAAUCCGACGAGCAGCUCUCCUCUCUGGAGCGAGACAGCGGCCGGUGCUCACGAAACACCAGCUGUGAAACACUCGAGGGAUACGAUCCUGAUUACGACUUCCUCAACCAGGACCUUUCCGUUUCCGAUCCCUUGCCGUUUCCCACGGGUCCGAGCAGCUGUCUGAGCCCCCUCCCCGAAUGCCAGGUGGAACCGCAGUCCCUAAGCCCCGCCCCGUGCCCCGCCCACACCCGCUUCAGUGCUCCCGUGACCAAUCAGCCUUCCUUGGAUUACUGGACUCCGCCCCCGCCAGGAUCCGCCAAUAGCAAGCGCCCCCCCGCCCUCCCGCAGAAGAAGCGGCGGUCUGCGCCGAUUCUAUCGACCUAUCCUCUUUACGAGCGCCUCCCGUCUCACUACGACAACCUAUCGGAAGAGGAGCAGCCCACGCCGCCCUUCCCUCUGGUGACGCCUGCAUCGCCCGUGCCGCAGGUCAACGGCAGGGAUGACCUCUCGCUGUCCACCGACCCCGACAGCCCGCCACCGCUGCCGGAGAAGAAGGGCAAGCAAAUCCUGCAGUACAUGCAGUUUGUGGAGGAUUACUCGGAGCCGCAGCCGUCUGUGUUUUAUCAGAUGCCUCAGAACGAGAGUAUUUACGAGCAGAGGAGGAAUAAACGCUUUCAGGAGGUUUACGGAUUUAACGAUUCUUACAGCAGCUCGGAAUCUGUGCUCGAGCCCGUGCCACCACCCGCCCUGCCGCCCAAACAGAGACAGCUGGCUUCCCACAGCUCUCCCUCUUCAUCCUCUUCCUCGUCAUCAUCUUUUUCACCGCUUCCUCCUCCUGCUGGCCUUCAGGAGGCUGAGCCUGAUCUGGGUCUUAGCCUAUCAGUGUCUAACUCCUUCCUCAGUGGCCAUUCCUCUUUGACCACGCCUGUGAGUUCCGACCUGGUUGGCUUGACCAAUGCCAGCAAAGGUUUGGAUGGUGGUGGUGUCUCUAACGAGUCCUUGACCAGCUCUCUGGUCUCUCUGGCCGUCUGUCUUCCUUCUGAGUCGUCUCUCUCUGACUCUCUGCUUACCUCCGCGAGCGAAAGUGUUGAUGAAGGCGGCGAGGGGGAAUAUGUGAAUCUAUACGCAUCCACGCACCCCAACGGCGACAGCACACAUCGCACUGACUCCGUAUGUUGUGAUGAUGAAAACCACGCCCCUCACAUACCCUCGUCCAAUAGCAAGGAGGCAUUGACUAAGGACAGACUGAAGGAAUCCAGUCAUGAAGAGAUAGAUGAUAUCAAUGAACUAUCUCUCAUUGAUCACAAUGAGGUUAUGAGCCGCAUAACACUUAAAGCCGAGAACGAUGACGGCCCGGAUGUGAGAGCCGGAUCCGGUGACAUACUGUUAGUUCACGCUACAGAAACGGACCGCAAAGAUUUAGUUUUGUACUGCGAGGCUUUUCUCACCACAUACAGAACCUUCAUAACGCCUGAGGACCUCAUCAAAAAAUUACACUACAGAUACACUCGGUUCUGUCACAGUCCAGACACUUUUAAGAAGCGUGUCAGUAAAAACACAUUCUUCGUGUUGGUCAGAGUAGUGGAUGAGCUCUGUCUGGUGGAGUUGACGGAGGACAUUCUCCGGCAGUUGAUGAAUCUGGUGUUCCGUCUGGUGUGUAAUGGAGAACUGAGUCUGGCGCGGGUUCUGCGGAAGAACAUUUUAGAUAAAAUGGAACAGAAGAGAGUCCUGCGACACACGCAAACACUUAAACCUCUCGCCGCGCUGGGCGUCUCUGCCAGGCCGGGCACGCUGCACGAUUUCCGUAGUCAUGAGGUGGCUGAUCAGCUGACCCUGCUGGACGCAGAACUCUUCUAUAAGAUCGAGAUUCCCGAGGUUCUGCUUUGGGCAAAGGAACAGAAUGAAGAAAAGAGUCCGAACCUCACCCAGUUCACGGAGCACUUUAACAACAUGAGCUACUGGGUGCGCUCUUUAAUAAUGCAGCAGGAGAAAGCUCAAGACCGGGAGAAGCUGCUUCUCAAAUUUAUAAAGAUCAUGAAGCACCUGCGAAAACUGAACAACUUCAACUCGUAUUUGGCGAUUCUCUCUGCGCUGGACUCUGCACCAAUCAGACGGCUGGAAUGGCAGAAACAGACGUCUGAGGGCUUGGAGGAGUACUGCACUUUGAUUGACAGCUCGUCGUCUUUCCGGGCGUACAGGGCAGCGCUGGCCGAAGUCGAUCCUCCAUGUAUCCCUUACCUAGGUUUGAUUUUACAAGACCUGACGUUCGUCCACCUUGGAAACCCGGAUUAUAUUGACGGUAAAGUGAAUUUCUCCAAGCGCUGGCAGCAGUUCAACAUUCUGGACAGCAUGAGACGCUUCCAGCAAGUACACUACGAACUGAAGCGGAAUGAUGACAUCGUCUCGUUCUUCAACGACUUUAGUGAUCACCUCGCAGAAGAGGCAUUAUGGGAACUUUCGCUCAAGAUCAAACCACGGAACAUCUCCCGGCGCAAAACCGAUCGAGAGGAGAAGACCUAGAACCUCAAAUGACGAACGUCAGAGACUGUUUACGGUGAGACCUGAACCACCUGCAGAACCCUGGGAAACCACGCUAGGUUGUUUCAGAUCCGGGAAAUAAACUCAAGCAGUAAAUGCCUCCAAUUUGCACCAAUAAACUGCAACGACCGGCAGUAUUUUCCCUGAUUGUAUCAAGAGGGGAUUUUUGACUCGGUAUGAAUUAACGUAUGCUUACAGUACAUACACACACGCACGUACACGCUUAAGAGGGCUCGGUUCAUUUGAUAUUAAUACACUGUGCCUGCUGGAGUGAGUUCAUUUUUGCUUGUCCUGUUUGGACGUUUCCAUUUGGCCUUCAUGUCAGUCGCUCAUUCUGACUGAUCUGUCGAGGUCAACGUCACCGAUUUCAACCUGGAACUGGAUCGACCUGCGGUUGACGUUCACACCGGAUGAUUUGGGACAUGGGAGGAAGACUGUGCAAUCUGACAGGUUGAUAAAGAAAUAUUCACUGAUCUGUUGAAAUACAAUUAAGUCAGCGGAAGAUGGACUAUAUGAAAUAGAAAAUGAAAGAUGAACUUGACCUUUGGACUCGACCUGCUACCGUGUUGUGUGUAAUUGUUUACCGUCACUGUGUUUAAAGCCGUGUGUGCGGGAAUCUCAAGAAUGAGUCUGUGUCACAUUUCAACAUAAAAAAUCAAUAAAAAUAGACAUACAAAGCCUAUUUUUGGAGUCCUAUUAAAGACACAAGAAAACAAAAAUCUCAUUCCUGUUACUGUAACGCAUGAAUAUUUAUAUUAAAAUUGUCAAGUGCAUUUGGCAGGUUGCAAGAAUUAGUGUGUGCAGAAUUUAACCCGUGAUGUUUUUAAUAAGAGAAUAUAAUUGGGUCUCAUUGGUGAACCAUGAGCUGAUGUAAAGUGGCACAUUUUUUGUUAAUCGUGCAUUGUGCUUGCAUUACAUAAGAUUGUUUAUUUCUAGAUUAUGGUAAUGAGUUUUUUGUUAAUUCACACUUGAAAAUCUUAAUGGUCCUCAAACAGUAUUAGCACACAUGAUAAAAUAAGAUAAAAAGAGGAGAGGAAAAUAUAAACGUGCGUUACGAAAACAAUAUUUUGUUUGGGUAUUUCUCGUGAAAUGUGACCCAGUCUUGACGUCUUUGAGAUUCGCUGGAUUUCUGGAGCAGACUGUAAUGUCAGAGAUGGCCGGGGCUCAGCGUGUGUCUGUUUCAGGUGAAUCUGGGAUGUGUAUGAUAUGUUCGGUAUAAAUGUACGUGUACAGUUGCUAUGUAUAAUCUCUGAUCAUGUAGAGGGCAGUUGUGCGGAACUAUAUUUUCAAACCAAAUAAAUCAUGCACUAAAAUAAUUAACAUUAUUAAGGCAAAAGAACACAAGGACUGAAUAUGCUGUGAUCUCUGGGCACCAGAUAGAGAGAGAUAUUGUGUGUGUUUGCGCGUGUGUGUGUUUUCUACGGAAUGUUGUUCACAUAUGGGAGUAGGAAAGCAAAGACGGCUUUCUUCAGCGUAUGUGUGAUGUUGAUGUUUACUCCUGGGAUUUUUUUUUCCUGUUACACCUAUAACAUCCUGUAUAUUCGCCACCAAUAAAACUGCUCUCUUUGUAA